AUGGAGCGACGGCUGGCGGAGUUCCGGGCCUCCCGAAAGCGAGUGGACGGGAACCACAACGGCGCGGAAGCCGAGCCGGUUCGGACACUGCGGCCCGGACAGGAAGCAGCUCAAACUCCCGGGAGCUCAGCAGAGGCCCCAGCUCCGGCCGGCUCUUCUCCAGCCCCACGGUCUCGGUGCCCCCCGAUUGUUCUCACUCUCUUGAAGGUGCUCCUGUGGUUGGUCUUACUCGGACUUUUCGUGGAACUGGAAUUCGGCCUGCCUUAUUUCGUCCUGUCCCUGUUCUACUGGAUCUACGUAGGGACCCGGGGCCCAGGGGAGAAGAAGGAAGGCGAGUGGAGCGCUUAUUCCGUGUUCAAUCCCGGCUACGAAGCCAUCCAAGGCACCCUGACGGCGGAACAGCUGGAGCGGCAGUUAUUGAACCAGCCCCUGGCCGGGAGGUAGCAUUUCCGCCUCAUCCUUUGGACACCCGUUACCUAAUCUCUCGAUCUGGACGCGAUUUGAUGGGCGGAAGCGAUGGGGACACCAUUUUAUCCCCUUGGAUGCUGUGGCGGGGGGGAAAGAGUGAUGUCUUUCCAUCUCCAUUAUGUGAUAUUUGCCUUCUGGGUUUCCUAACGCUUCUUUUCCCGGCCCGCUGCGGCAUUUCUGACCGCACUUACAAUUCCGUCUCCAGACUGGCUUUCAAUUUUCCUAAAAGCCGUGAAAAGGCACUAUUGCACGACAGGCGCGACCCCCCACGUACAGAGUUGUAUCUUGGGGAGAUGGAGACCUGUUCAUUUUCAUAGAUGAGGAAGCCAGCUUCGAGAAGGAGGAAAAGCAAAUCAUCAGGUGGGACGGUCUGUUGAAAGUUAGGGCUGUUAGGAUUGAUAAAGCGGCGCCACUUGGAGGCAUCAAAGCUGUUAAUAAAUUGAACCGAAUGUCUUUAGCCUCUCCCAAACCUAGAAGAGUUGAAAUGGUGAUUUUUUUCAAUUUUCUUAACUCUUUUCUACCCCUUAACGGUGUUAAGGAGACGCCAGCCUUGUCGGCCUUUAUGAAGAAGAAUGCCUCCGGUCAGGGGAGGUUCAUUCGUUCAGUCGUAUUUAUUGAGCGCUUAUGGUGUGCAAAGCAGUUUGUCUUCAUCCACGCGGUCUCUCACUCUCUCCUCUCUGUCACCCGUCUUUCAAGGGCCCUUAGGAAGCAGGUGAAUUCUGCACGGUCAGAGGAGUCAAGGAAGUGGAAUCAAUCAAUCAAUCGUAUUUAUUGAGCGCUUGAGCGAAGUACAAAUU